AUGUCUGAAAACGGUCAGAACCUUCCAAACCAUCAGCGUUUCCCAUCUGCCACUCCUUCGGUCAAAGAGCUGGAGCAUGUUUUGGACAGCUGCAGGAUGGAAUUAAAUCAUGUGGAUGAAGUGUGGCCUAACCUGUAUAUAGGUGAUAUCUUGAUUGCACAUGACAAGGAAGAACUGAGGAAACUUGGCAUCACCCAUGUACUGAAUGCGGCACAUUCCACAUGGGAAAGUAAAGGAGACCAAGCCUUCUAUGGCCAGGAAAUCCAUUAUUGUGGAAUAGCUGCAGAAGAUUCAACUGAUUUUAACCUGCGUGAGCAUUUCUACCCUGCCUCCGAGUAUAUUAAUAAAGCACUGAGUGCUCUGAACGGAAAGAUCUUAGUUCACUGUGUUGUUGGUAAAAGCAGAUCCGCCACCUUGGUGCUGGCUUACCUUAUGAUCUACCAUCACUUCUCACUGACCGAUGCUGUCCAACGUGUCAUCCAGCACCGAGCCAUUUCACCAAACCGAGGGUUCCUGAAACAGCUACACGACCUAGAUGUUGAAUUGCAAGACAGGACAAACCUGUGUGAGCUCUUAUAA